CGCUUUUGCCCUAUCAAGUUUUUGGCGCCGUUGCCGGGGACUGCCAUACCUUAUUUUUGUUGAUUUUUGUGAGUGAACUAUUUUGAUCUGGGUGUUAGUGUGCAAAAGAAUUUUCAGGUUUAUCUUCCUCGUGCAUGCCAAGGAGGACGACCGGCAAUUUACUGCCACUUGAUCCAGAGAUAGAGAGGACCUGCCGACAGAACAGGAAGCAGGUCAAGUUAGGGAAGCAGCCAACCACAACCACAACCACAAAGAUUGAUGCUAAGCUGGAUUCCAAGUUCGAUGCACUCGAACGAAGGCUGGCCAAGAUUGCUCUGGGUAGACAAGAGGAGGUUGUUUCAUGUGAACUUUGCGAGGGUCCUCAUCACAGGGAUAUGUGUCCACUGGGAGCUGCUCAGUUGGAAGAUGUCCAAUACAUCAAUAAUCCGCGAUGUCAAGGCCAGGGUGGUAUGUAUUCAAAUACCUACAACCCUCAAUGGAGACAUCACCCCAAUAUGUCAUGGUCAAACAAUAAUCCAGCUGGUGUUCGAAACAUCCCACCUCCCGGUUUUCAACAGCAGCAGCCUCAACCAGAAAAGAAGCCCCAGCUGGAGGAGUUGAUUUUGGCUCAUAUGCAGAAAACAGACAAUAAUUUCAAGGGCCUGGAUCAAUUUGUCACUCAACAGCUAGCCAUCAACAAUAAUUUACAAUCGUCUAUGCUAGCUAUGGAGAGGCAGAUGGGACAGAUGGCUCAAACUUUGGCAGAUAUGCAAGGCAGGAUUCCUGGGUCAUUACCAGCAAAUACUGAGAGGAAUCCAAAGGACGCCAUGGUUGUAGCCGUCACAUUGAGGAGUGGAAAGGCCUUGGAAGACCCUAGCAGCUCGAAAAAGGCACCAGAGGCAGAAGAGGAAGCACCCGGAGAAAGAUCUUGUGCAGAAAAUGAAGAAUCAGCCUUGCACAGGCAAAAUGAAAGCAGUUUGCCUGUGCAAAAGCAUGCUGCCCGUGUACCUCAAAAAGUGGAAAAAUCGAAGAAUGAAGAGGUAAAACCUUAUGAACCUCCCGCACCAUUCCCUCAAAGGUUAAUGAAGCCCAUGGAAGACCCAAACUUCAAGAAAUUUGUGAAUAUCUUCAAGCAACUUCAGAUUAACAUACCCUUGGCGGAGGCACUUGAACAGAUGCCUACAUAUGCUAAAUUCUUAAGGGAGUUGCUAACAAAGAAGCGGAAAUGGGCUGAUCUAGAGAAGGUAACCCUUACUUCUGAAUGUAGUGCUGUGAUUCAGAAUAAAUUACCAGAAAAGAGGGAUGAUCCGGGAAGCUUCACCAUUCCAUGUGUCAUUGGAGGUACAGAAUUCAAUAAAUCACUUUGUGAUCUUGGAGCAGGAAUUAAUUUGAUGCCACACUCAGUCUACAAGAAAUUGGGAUUGGGAGAUGUUCUUAAGCCUACUCGGAUCACUCUCCAAUUGGCUGAUCGAUCAGUAAAAAUUCCAAAAGGAGUGGUGGAGAAUGUAUUGGUGAAGGUGGGGAAGUUUAUUCUCCCAACAGAUUUUGUAAUUCUGGAGAUGGAAGAUGAUCGGGGAGUGCCUCUAAUUCUCGGCAAACCUUUUCUAGCAACCGGUGAUGCACUCAUCGAUGUUGGGAGAGGCAAGUUGACAUUCCGAGUAGGUAAGGAGGAGGAAAUUUUUAAUGUCUUUCAAGUUGACCAUAAUCAUGAUGAAUUUGAAAGUGGAGCUCGAGAAAGGAAAAAUCCCUCUUCCUGUGAUAGUGGACCAUCCGAAGAACUAUCACCUAUCCUAUCUGCUCAGAUUCUGAAGUCAAAGCAAGGGCAGAAAUCCUUGCCAGAUCACCUCAAGUAUAGAUAUUUGGGUAAGGAUUUCAACCUUCCUGUUAUUAUUCCUUCUUCACUAACAUUGAAACAGGAAGAGUACUUGCUUGAGGCACUGCAAUACCACCUACGCCUCACUAAAGGGUCCAACAUGCCAACUAAGAAGGUCACACCGAAUUUUCGCACACCUGGCCCUGCUGAGGUGACUCAUAUGUUGGAUGGAGGGUAUGCGUUCUAUCAUUGCUCGGGAGGGUAUGCUGGAUACCUUUCCAUACCCAUUGGUUGAAAGCUCCAUGAACGUCAGGCUGAGGACGUUAAACAAGCGCUUCUUGGGAGGCAACCCAAGGUAAGUUUUCUUUUCUUUAUUUUUCUUUUUAGUUGUGUCAAACCCGUACAUGUUUAGAGUAGGAGUUGAACAUUAGGGACAAUGUUCCAUCCUGAGUGUGGGGUGGCGAGUCUUAGUGUUUGUUUGUUCCUUUUGUCAUGUGGUCGGUAAAAAAAAAAAGUAAAAAAAAAUAUUUUCCAUUGGUGAGUCUUAGUGUUGUUUGUCCCUGUUGCAUGUGGUAAAAAAAAACAAAAAAAAAAUUCUGUCAUUUGGCUAUGCACAGCCAAACUGCAUGCAGUUUGCCUGUGUAAAAAGCAUGCUGCCUGUGCAAAGCUAAUGGCUAAAAAACACCUAAAAAUCAGAAAAAUCAAAAACAAAACCUUGUACUCUUGUGGUAACAUGAUGUAAAUGACUGUGAUGCCUUGAAAAUGAGUUUGUGCUUGAAUGAAAUCAUCAAAAUCAC